AUGAAUCUGGCGUGGUGUAUUUUCGUUGCCGCAAUAACGGCGACCGUAUUCGGUUCAAGUGACAGCAGUAAUUACAGUAAUUCUACACAAGUACUUAACCGUCGGAAGCGAUAUUUAAUUUUCCGUGAUAUUUCCAGAGGAUUUUGUCGUGUGAAUAUCAAAGAUAGAAUGGUGGACACCACAAACAUUUGGGCGCAAGGUAUUGGUUACCGUAUCAAUAUUGAAUUCAACAAUCCACCUGGGCUAAGGAUUACCAAACGUGACCUACACAACACGAUCGAGGAAAUGCUUCAAACACACGGAUUUGAUGGAAGAGCAUGUAUUUUGCGAACCUUUUGCGAGAUCUCCAAUACCAUUACGCCGGACAGUGGAUUCAUAUUCAAACUUUUCAAAAAAAUAUUUGCACAUCCCGCACCAACUGACGUUAGUUCCACCGGUUCUAAUAGUUUACCCCAAGGCGAUGAAGUAUACUUUCCAUAUCUUAAAUCUACCGAUUGCGAGGAGUUGGAACGCCAUUGUCCGAUAAGGCAACUGGAAAUACCGGAAGGCAGUGAAGUGCGAUGA